UCCCGCUGACCCUCAGGCUGUGGUGUCCAGCGACAUCACCUACAGCAUGGGGGGUCUGGGACCCUCCAAUAUGCUCCUGGUCCUGCCUCUUCUUCUGACAUUGGCUGACAUCAGCCCUGUCCAGGCCCAGAACGGAUGCAACUGCUCUGCAUUGACCCCGGGAGUGCUGGCAGGGAUCAUUCUGGGGGAUCUGGUGCUGACGCUCCUCAUUGCUCUGGCUGUCUAUGCCCUGGGCCGACUGGUUCCUCGAGGCCGAGGGAACUCAGAUGGGUCCCGGAAACAGCGCAUUGAGACAGAGUCACCAUAUCAGGAGCUGCAGGGCCAGCGAUCAGAUGUCUACAGCGACCUCAACACACAGAGACCAUAUUACAAAUGAGUCCAAACUCUGCGGUCGACAGCCUGAUGCAACCAUUCCUGACAUCUAUGCUCUGUUUCUUGUUUUUGUUUUUUGUUUUGCCCCCCACCCUUUGGGCCACACCUGGCAGUGCUCUCAGGGCUUAUUCCCAGCUCUGUACUCAGGGAUCAAACCCAGAUUGUGUGUGUGUGUGUGUGUGUGUGUGUGUGUGUGUGUGUGUGUGUGUGUAAGAAAGUGUCCUCUCCACUGCACUAACUCUAGUACACUCCCUGUUCUUACUCCCAAAGAUGCAUUUUACAGAGUGCCUUCCUUAGACAUAAGGUCUCUUGCCACCACUAUCCCCAAAUAAACACUGAGUACAAACCA